AUGGCGUUUGAAAAAUCUUCUUGCGGAAAAUGGCGUUUGUAUUGCAGGUUAAUAUGGCCGUUUCUGCUGUUCCUUUGGUGUCUUAGUCACAUCGUGUCUGGCCAAAUCAGGUAUACAAUUCCGGAGGAGCUGAAACAGGGAUCACUUAUUGGUAACGUGGCUCAAGACCUAGGUUUGGAUGUACAAAGGCUUCGUUCUGGCCGGGCACGUAUCGUGACCAGACAAAGCAUCCAGUACACUGAGCUGAAAUCAGACAAAGGCGUUUUAGUCGUGAACGAGAGAAUAGACCGAGAGCAGCUUUGUGGAGACGUAACACCGUGUAGUUUCAGCUUUGAGGUGAUUUUAGAAAACCCGAUGGAAUUACAUCGAGUAACAGUGGAAAUAAUUGACAUAAAUGACAAUUCUCCGACUUUCAGAAAGAACGAAAUUAAAUUUGAAAUAAGCGAAUCUGCCACACUUGGAUCACGCUUUUUGCUACCCAGUGCCGAAGACGCAGAUGUGGGUAGCAACGGUCUACAGAAAUACAUACUAACUACCAAUGACAUAUUUGGUUUGAAGCAGCACUCAAGUCCAGAUGGUCGAAAAUAUGCCGAAAUGAUCUUACAAAAACAAUUAGAUAGAGAAAGCAAGCCACGAAUAUCACUGAAGCUCAUCGGUGUUGACGGUGGAACUCCCGCUAGAUCUGGUACAGUAAAUAUAGAUAUUACAGUGCUUGAUGCUAAUGAUAAUCCUCCCAUUUUUAACCAGUCUCUCUACAGGGCUUCUGUCUCGGAGAAUGCAUUAAAGGGCACCUAUAUCACGACAGUAAAUGCAAGUGAUGCAGACAGUGGAUCAAACGGUCUUAUCACAUAUAGAUUUUCAAACAUGAAAGAGCAGGUGGCUGACAUAUUUCAUUUAGACGAAAUUACGGGGACCGUAACACUUGUAGGACAAGUAGAUUAUGAAAAACAUAAAAAAUAUGAAAUUAUGAUUGAAGCUAUGGACCAAGGAGGUCUGACCGAUUCAAGUAAAGUGCUAAUUGAGAUUGUAGACGUCAACGAUAAUGCACCUGUCAUAAAUGUGAUGUCAUUCUCCAGCCCCGUGCCUGAGGAUUCUGCGUCGGGUACCACAGUGGCAAUAAUUAAUGUGAUUGACGCAGACUCAGAGCAAAAUGGCCAAAUUGUUUGUACAACAGACCAUAGCCUCCCAUUGAAAAUAAAAUCAACAUUAACUAAUUACUAUGCAUUAGUAACAGACUCACCUUUUGACAGAGAAGUUGUAUCGGAAUACGACAUAACUGUAAGGGCCACUGAUUCAGGAUCACCAUCCUUGUCAAGCACAACAAUAUUACGUCUGAGAGUAUCUGAUGUGAAUGACAAUGCCCCGUUAUUUGAUAAAAUUAGCUACGUUGCUCACGUUACAGAAAACAAUUCCCCUGGGGUGUCCAUAUUUUCCGUCAACGCACAGGACAUUGACUGGAAUCAAAACGCUCGAAUAUCGUACUUUCUCGAAGAAACACAGAUAAAUGGUAUUCCAACCUCUUCUUACGUCUCCAUAAACGCUGAAAGUGGCGCUAUCCAUGCAGUGCGCUCGUUUGACUAUGAACAGAUUAAAGAGCUUCAGCUGGUAGUAAAAGCGCAGGAUGGAGGCUCUCUUCCACUCAGUAGCAAUGUGACUGUGAAAAUACUGAUCCAGGACCAGAACGACAACCCUCCUCAGGUUCUGUACCCAGUCCAGACUGGAGGCUCUCUGGUGGCUGAAAUGGUGCCUCGUUCAGCAGAUGUGGGCUAUCUGGUCACUAAAGUGGUGGCUGUUGAUGUGGACUCUGGACAGAAUGCCUGGCUCUCCUAUAAACUGCAGAAAGCCACAGACAGGGCGCUGUUUGAAGUGGGCUUACAGAAUGGAGAAAUAAGAACUAUCCGCCAAGUCACUGAUAAAGAUGCUGUGAAACACAGACUGACUGUUAUAGUGGAGGACAACGGGCAGCCCUCUCGUUCAGCUACAGUCAUUGUUAACGUGGCGGUGGCGGACAGCUUCCCUGAAGUGCUGUCUGAGUUCACUGACUUUACACACGACAAGGAGUACAAUGACAACCUGACUUUUUACUUAGUGUUGGCUUUGGCUGUAGUUUCCUUCCUCUUCAUCACGUGUUUAGUGGUUAUUAUAUCAGUGAAAAUCUACAGAUGGAGACAGUCUCGCAUCCUGUAUCACUCUAAUCUCCCUGUGAUUCCAUAUUAUCCACCACGUUACUCAGACACUUUGGGGACAGGGACUCUCCAACACGUGUACAAUUACGAGGUGUGCAGGACGACUGACUCCAGAAAGAGUGACUGUAAGUUCGGCAGAGCUGGUAGUCAGAACGUGCUGAUAAUGGACCCCAGUUCUACAGGGACGAUGCAGCGGAUACAGAGUGACAAGAGCAUCCUGGAUGAACCAGACUUUCCGCUAGAGAUCAAGCAGCUUGUGUUCACUGUCAAAGCGCAGGAUGGAGGCUCUCCUCCACUCAGUAGCAAUGUGACUGUGAAAAUACUGAUCCAGGACCAGAACGACAACCCUCCUCAGGUUCUGUACCCUGUCCAGACUGGAGGCUCUCUGGUGGCUGAAAUGGUGCCUCGUUCAGCAGAUGUGGGCUAUCUGGUCACUAAAGUGGUGGCUGUUGAUGUGGACUCUGGACAGAAUGCCUGGCUCUCCUAUAAACUGCAGAAAGCCACAGACAGGGCGCUGUUUGAAGUGGGCUUACAGAAUGGAGAAAUAAGAACUAUCCGCCAAGUCACUGAUAAAGAUGCUGUGAAACAAAGACUGACUGUUAUAGUGGAGGACAACGGGCAGCCCUCUCGUUCAGCUACAGUCAUUGUUAACGUGGCGGUGGCGGACAGCUUCCCUGAAGUGCUGUCUGAGUUCACUGACUUUACACACGACAAGGAGUACAAUGACAACCUGACUUUUUACUUAGUGUUGGCUUUGGCUGUAGUUUCCUUCCUCUUCAUCACGUGUUUAGUGGUUAUUAUAUCAGUGAAAAUCUACAGGUGGAGACAGUCUCGCAUCCUGUAUCACUCCAAUCUCCCUGUGAUUCCAUAUUAUCCACCACGUUACUCAGAUACUUUGGGGACAGGGACUCUCCAACACGUGUACAAUUACGAGGUGUGCAGGACGACUGACUCCAGAAAGAGUGACUGUAAGUUCGGCAGAGCUGGUAGUCAGAACGUGCUGAUAAUGGACCCCAGUUCUACAGGGACGAUGCAGCGGAUACAGAGUGAAAAGAGCAUCCUGGAUGAACCAGACUCUCCUCUAGAGGUUGGCUUUGUUUUUUAUGAAGUUCUAUGA